UGAUGCCCUUACACAGCGUGGUCAUUAACCAAUGAGCACAGGCUGCAGCUGAAGUGUCACUGUCCAAGUCAAGAGACAAGAAAGUCACUGCAGACAUGAGUCGAGUCUUGGACAUCAAGCGCUGUGAUCUGAAUAUUAAGAGUAACAACAGCAGCCACCACACGGAGCUGUAUGGAGAGGAGCGUUUGAUUGUGAGGAGGGGACAACCCUUCGUCAUCAUUUUACGUCUGAACUCUGACAGCAAAGACUUCAAACUGGGCGAAACAAGCUUCACACUCAUUGUUGAAACUGGUCCGUUACCCAGGAAACAAUCAGGCACUAAGUUUACCUUCAGUCUAGGUGACCACACAGUGGACACUGAGUGGAGUGCAUCUGCUAUUAGUAAUUCCCCUAGAAACACAGUGUCUGUGUCCAUCAGUUCCUCCCCUAACAGCCCCAUAGGAGUUUAUUCUCUGACUGUGGACCAGGAAGGGCAGAAGACCAGUCUGGGACAGUUCACCCUGCUUUUUAAUGCUUGGUGCCCCGGAGAUGCUGUUUACAUGCGCAGUGAGCCGGAGAGGCAGGAGUACGUCCUGGCGCAACAUGGGCAGAUCUACAGGGGGACGUGUAAACGCAUCACAGGGACUCCCUGGAACUUUGGACAGUUCGAACAGGGAAUACUGGAUAUCUGUCUGAAGAUCCUGGAUGAAAACCCCAAAUUUGUGUCUGAUGCUGACAAGGACUGCUCUGCCAGGAGAAAUCCUAUCUAUGUGUCCAGGGUGCUGAGUGCUAUGAUCAACAGUAAUGAUGACCGAGGGGUGUUGACUGGAGAGUGGGUAAAUUUUGUAGGUGGGGUUCAUCCAGGACUGUGGAUCGGCAGUGGGGACAUUCUGCGUAAGUGGGCAAAAAGUGGCCCCGUCAAGUACGGCCAGUGUUGGGUCUUUGCUGCUGUUGCCUGCACAGUGUCCCGGAGCCUGGGCAUCCCGUGUCGAGUGGUUACUAACUUUGGAUCAGCUCACGAUGGAAACGCUAACCUGGUGAUAGAAAACCUGUAUAAUGAAGAUGGUGAGAGAAUCGAUAGUGGUGAUUCCAUUUGGAAUUUCCAUGUUUGGGUGGACAGCUGGAUGACUCGUCCAGACUUGGGAUCUGAGUAUGAUGGGUGGCAAACCAGCGACCCGACCCCACAGGAGACAAGUGAUGGUGUGUGCUGUUGCGGACCAGCCUCACUGAGGUCCAUCAAGGAAGGAGAGCUGACCAAGAAGUACGACGCUCCCUUCAUUUUUGCUGAGGUUAAUGCAGAUGUUGUGGACCUGGUGCGCCAGUCAAAUGGAGAGUUUGUCAAGUUCAGUGGGUCGACUAACUCGGUUGGACGCUUCAUCAGCACCAAAGCUGUGGGCUCAGAUAAGAGAGACGACAUCACACACCAGUACAAGUAUCCAGAAGGCUCCAAGGAGGAAAGGAAGGUGUAUGAGAGGGCCAAGCACAACAACAAGCUACAGCAGCAAGGAGAAGUGCCGGGGCUCCAUCUCAAGAUCAAGCUUUCUGACAACAUGAUGGUGGGCUCAGACUUUGAGGUGUACGCUGUCCUCACUAACAACCUCAUGGAGGCGAGAACCUGCAACUUAAUGUUCUUUGCCAAAGCUGUCAGCUACAACGGGAGACUGGGAGAGAGCUGUGGAUUUACCUCAGACAAAGUGACGGUGCCCGCUGGAGAAGAAAGGCGCGUGUCCCUCAGACUGAAGUAUGAUAGUUAUGGAUCAGUCAUCAACUCAGACAGACUGAUCCAGCUGUCAGCCAUCGCCAUCAACAAGCAGACCAUUGACUACCAUAAGGCUGAGAAGACUAUUGUGUUAGAUGAGCCAGAGAUAAAGAUCAAGCUGAUGAAAGAAGCCACAGUGAACAAGCCUGUGACGGCAGAGAUGACCUUGUUGAAUACUUUACCAGAGCCGCUGAAGGACUGCAGCUUCACCGCUGAGGGGGUUGGCCUCACCGACGGCAAACCCAUAACAGUCAAGAUUGAAGCUGUGGGCCCCAAACAGGAAGCCAGAGCCAGUGUUAAGUUCACUCCCAGCAGCGCCGGCUCCAGCGUGCUGCUGGUGAACUUUGAUAGCGACAAACUGAGGAACAUCAAGAGCUUCAUCAAUGUUGUUGUGAAGUACUGAGCCAGUCUACAGAGUCUAACACCACUACUACUUUUUUAUUUUGUUGUUUGAUUGGACUUCAGUGUCUGCAGAUUACAGAGCCCCGAGGCAUCUAUUAAUAUUCCUCAGACUUAUUAUUCUUCCACCAAAUUUUGGCGCGUAACUCGUCCCAUACCUUUGAGAAAACCCCGGUAAUAUAUACAACAAAAUGUGCGUCUUGAUCCCGAAAGAGGGGCUAUGACUUUUGGUGUUAAAAUUCCAAUUUUUCCCCAAAGUUAUUCCCAAAAAACUGGGAAUAAAUAAUGCAUUAGGAAUGCAUUGGAAUAUUCUUUAAAAACCUACCAAAUGUUUAUCAGUUUUCAGGAUUUUAACCCUUUAAAUGCCAGUUUGAAGACAUGUUGCCUCUUCUUUUAUAAAAAAAAAAAAACACAGAAUAUGAGAUAUUUCCCACAUAAUACAUGAUGGAGGGAUGUGACAUUGUUUUAUAUCAGAGUCUUUUAUAUCAAGACAUUUCUCAAAACCAGAAUAUGAUCAGGGUGACUUCUGAACACUGGAAAUAAAUCAUGUACUCAUCCCGGCAGUAGCCCCCGUGGCACUCAAAAUUUCCCUGGAAUUUUCUAGUUCCACUUGUUAUUUUCAUCGACUUGUUAUUAUGCCAUCCAAAAAGGUAACUUUCUUUCUGAAUAAUUGAAUUUAGAAAAACAAUGAUCCACAUCCACUAACGAUAAUGUACAUUAGCUUCUGUAGUAGGCUACAAUAGAAUAAAUAGCUCACACAUUUAUUUUACUUGAAUGAUUAAUAAUGUUGUUUUGAUUUUGAUUUGGUUACAUUUAAAUUUCAGCUCCUUUUAGGAAACAUGUUGUUAAUGAUGCAGGAAAAAAAUCCACUUUGCCUAUGAAAAUAAAAUUUUGAAAAAUAAGA